UCAGUUUCAGAGCUGAUGCUCACAACCAUUACCACAAUGUGCACAUGUAGCCAGGAGCAGACUAUGUUCUUCAGUUUAGCUUGAAAAAUCCUCUGUAGUAUGGCAAAGGCAAGUGACAGAGUUACAGAAUGUAGCAGCAGGCAUACAGGCCCAGCAGAUCCUGUUUCCUGAAAGUUCAGAACAUGAAGAAUGAGAAUCAGAAGCAACAACACAAGAGGCAGGAGAACUGAGAAGUGGCAUCUCUGGAUGGAUGCAAGAAUCCCACAGGAAAUGGAGCCAAGGGAAGAGCAGAGCUCAGUCCCACUCCAAGCUUGCAAUGGGCAAAAGAGCCAGAGAGAGCCGGGGCACAAGUGAUGCCUUGGAUGUGUGAGGGCAGCAGGCAAGAAUGGAGUCGUAGGGGCCCAGAGGAGCCCUGACAGGGGGCUGUGCCAGUGCUACAGGAGGACAAGAAGCAAUCCCCAGGCCACCCUUGGGGCCCACCCUGGGAUUCUGGAAAGUUUCUUGCCCACAGCUGCAGGGCAUGACAGGCCAUCUUCAUGGGGCAUGAGCAGCAGGCAGCAACCGAGCCAAAAGGGACUGAAGCAGCAGUGAACAGUGAUCAUGCUCAGUGCUGCAGAGGAAGUCAAAACUCCCUGGGAACCAAUGCCAAUAUGCCCUGGGGGAAGAUUCCUUCUUGACCCAGGUGCUACUGAUUUGCCAUCCUGAAAAUGAACUCUGGAAUUAAUGGACCCCAUGGAAACACAAAUCUCCUUAGAGAACCACAUCCCAUCCUGCUUGUUAGCCAGAGACAGCUGGACAGGACAACCCAGGGUCAGCCAGGCCAAGUGCCAGUGGCACAACAGAUAGAGUCUCCAAGGAUGCUCAGAGAACCCUGGAUACUGGGCUCAUUCAUCAAAGCAGCAGGAACUUGGCUUUUAGAAGUUUUACUUCACACCGAACAUGAACUAAACUCCUGUUCAGCUGGCACUGAUUGAGUGUCACGCCAACAAGAGAGAGCAGCUGCUGUCCCCAGCUCUGCUGCAACAUGCAAACAUGGCCACGGAGACAGAGUGGAACUGCCCCAUCUGCCGUGACAUUCCAGGUGAAAUCGCUUCUGUAACACCCUGUGUCCACCUGUUCUGCCUGGGCUGCAUUGUGCGGUGGGCCAAGAGGAAACCAUCAUGCCCCCUGUGCAGGCAGGCUAUCAACAGCAUCAUUUACUCUGUUCGGUCAGAGGAAGACUUUCUGGAGAUAGUUCUUCCAAGCCCCUCGGACUCAUCCACUGCUCACCACCAGGAUGAGCAGGGGGCUGCAGAGCUGAUGCCCAGGGCUUAUGUAGCUGGCUUCCCACCUCAGGUCUGGGCAGAUUUUUUCCAGGACUGCUCAGAAAUCCUCGAGCCCUUGCUGCCCUGGCUGAACCAGGAGCUGUUGGAGCUGCUCAGGACACGCUGGUGGGAGGUGGCACUGGCACAGAGUGCCAUCAUAGCAAAUUUGUGCCGCUAUGGGCUGAGUGAGGAGGCCUUGGUCCGGGAGCUGCACCCCCUGCUGCAGGAGCAGACGGUGGCAUUUGUGCGCCGGCUCAUCGAUGUUGCGGCUGACAGGUGCAGUGAUGAGAUCCUGCGGCAGAUGAACCUCAGGAACUCCCAUGCGGAGGAGGAGGAGGAGGAGGAGGAGGAGCAGGAGGGUCCCACAGCUAUCCCUGGCCCCUCUGCAUCCCCCCAGGGGACUCGCCCUCCCACCCUGGCCUCCUCCUGCAGCCCUGUAGUCUCCAGUGUGGAAGUGGACGUUGGAACGUUGGAAGCCACCCUCCGCGGGGGGCCCGGGCGCUCUCCAUCCGCGCCAGUCCCUGCAGAGCGGGAGCAGCCCCCGGAGGAGCCCGGCAGCCGGGCAGCAGCAAUAGCAGGCCCCUCUGCCCAGGGCUACAACUGCAGCACUUCCGCUGCUGGCCGGGACAGGGACUGCUUGCCCGAGGGGCUCCGGCGCCCAGCAAAGAGGAGGACCUCUAGCCCUCAGGACUCUCCCCAGCCCCCGAAGAGGCCGUCCCGCCGCCGGCGGCACAAGCCAAGAACCCUUGAUAAUAGAAAAAGGAAAUAAAUAGUUUGUUUGACACAGUCUCUGUGGCUUGCUUUCUCCCCCUUCUCCUGGUGUCUUUUCCCUCUCCCCUCACAUCCCACUGUGCAUGGCAACUGCCUACUUUUGGGCACGGCCAUUGGCCUCCGGAGCCGCAAGGCCAUAUCCGCGGCAUCUUCACCUGCAACAAAUCCCGCUGCAGCUGCGGGUGGAGCAGGCAGCAGGGACAGCAGGCUUAUCAGAAGAACCACGGUUCUCCUGAACCUGCACCCAGUUCUCCUCCCUGUCCACCUGUCCACUGUCACUUUCUGCUUUGCUUUCUCGACGUCAGCCAGGGCACCCUCGCUCCUCGGAAGGCUGUCAGGGAGGCACAGAAAAUGAGCGGGGCCACAAGAGCUAGAGACAA